CUGAAUCGCUCGAUCAAGCGACCUUCGGCGGGCACCCUAGCUCGUCGGCCCAGCUUCCAUUCUACUGAAAUCAGCAGCCAGAGAUCGAACAUAUGAAAUCCGUUCAUUGACAUGUAUUUUAGUCGACGCUGCUACUUGUUGAAGCCGGAUUACAUUGUGAACAGGUUGCCAUUGCCAGGAAGCUCACCGCUGGAGCUCACUUGAAAUGGAGAUGAUUGCUGUGGCGUUGCUUUUAGCUGCUCUCCUGGGAGCUCUAUUUCUAUAUCCAAGAUCUGCAGGAAAAGGUAAAACCGAAGGGGAUCUCCAGACUAUCGCUAAGAAAUUGAAAACUUAUACUAAGGAGGAAGUUUCUCUUCAUAAUAAGAGGGAUGACUGCUGGAUUAUUGUCAAAGACAAGGUGUAUAAUGUAACUCCAUAUGUGGAAGAACAUCCAGGCGGGGAUGCCAUUUUGAAUCAUGCUGGAGGCGAUUCAACUGAGGGCUUUUUUGGCCCACAACAUGCAACUCGUGUUUUUGACAUGGUUGAUGAGUUCUAUAUUGGGGAUGUGAAGCUUUGAGGAGAUUGUAAGAAUAAGAGAUUCUUUUUUGGGUGGUUUCCUUAAAUGGCUCUUGGAACUGUAGCAUCAACAUUUUGAGGAACAAUAGCAAUUGGUUGCUUGCGGGGCUAUUGCAAUUAGUAGUUUGUAGGAUUGUAGCAAUCAAUGGUAUUGCGAAAAUGAAGAACCUAACCUUUCCACUACGACACUUUUCUAGCGAAGGAGUGACCUUCCUGCUAUGAGGGUCCGACGACUCUUUUCUUCAACCCAACAUUACAAUGCACAUGAUAUAUGCCUAUGUGCUGGAAUUCAUGAAACUUGAUGUAUUUAAUCAUAUUCUAACAGAUUAUGAAAAUUAACUAUAUUUGGGGUUUUUUUUUAUAAUAAAUAGGAUCCAUGACAUAUAUAAAAUUCAUUGAGGAAUGAAAAAAAUUUAUACUUUUUCUCAUUUUUGACAACUACUUUUUGUGGUGAAUUUAGACGAAUUCAUCAAUUGGAAGAUUAGAUGCAGAUGAAUUCAUCAUUUGAAUAUAAAAAGUUGAAUGAAUUCUUGAAUUCCAAAGAGGUACCAUAAUAUCACAUCGUUAAAUUUGUGGUAAUCAAGCUAAAGAAAAAUACAUCUCCAUGGUGGGAGAGUUUAGAGCGAACACCGCAAUGAGAAGGAGAAGAGUCAUGAUCACCCCUUGGACCAAGAUGCAGAAGGAAAUGCAGCGAAAAUUCUUAUCAUAACAACUAUUGACAAGACAUGUUUAUGUGACAACAUAAUUUACGAAGACAAGAACUCUCUGUUCAGAGCUUUGUCAUGGAAUUCAAGUAGUUGGGUUUGAAAUGCAACUUGAUUGAGCCGGAGUGGAAUACAAUUCCUCAAUUUUUUCGGCUUCCUCUAUUGCUAAUGUGGUUCAGUUACAACUCUAUUGGACACUUGUGGGUGUCAUCAAUCUGGCUCUCAAAGUGGAGAGACAGCAGCAACCUGGCAAAUAGCAGAAUUAGGUCGGGAAGGGAACCGAAAAUCCUAGGGGAAUUUGAUUCAAGAACACUAUCUCAGGUAGACAAACCGAAGGAUCAAUUCGUGAAGGUGCCCUAGGCCUGGUAGGACCAACAAUAACACUAAAUUUGCCUGUUCGAAAUGUUUUAAAUGCCA